CUCUUAGUUAAUGCUAAUGCUAAUGAAAACGGAUGUACUUUAUUAUAUACCUGGUUAUGAGUUAUAUGUCUGAUAAUCAGUGAACAGUUUUUCAAAGGACCUGAAAAUAUUUGUACACUACGCUUGAAAAAUUUGAAAUUUUUGGUGCUGCUUGCCAAAUGUUUAAAUUAUAUUGGUGGCACAAAAUGAGAUGUCUGGUUGGGUUGAGCUGCAGCACGAGUUUCGAAUAACAACCAUAUACCUGUUGCUGAUUCUCUCGAUUCCCACCUCAAACAGCGAUAGCAAAAUAAAAGAGAUAGCUAGUGCGCCAGUCCAUCUACCCCAGAGCCAGACGGCCACGUUGAAACGAAUGUCUGGCAACAAAGUCGAUAUACCCCGGCUCUACUCUGCAUACCGGGUGCUGUUGAAGGAGAGCGGCUCCGAUGUCAAACUCAAUGUGGGCAAACUAGGCAAGAGAACAGCUGUGGCGGAUGAGGAGGAUGAUGAUGCGGUUAGCAAAAGUGUGGAAAUUCUCAAGGAACCUACAGGGGUGAAUAAUACGGUGAAAGCAGCCACAAUAACUAAAGAGCUUCAAGAAAAGGCAAAUGGAACAAAAACUAUAUUUGGUACAACAGGUGAUCGGGAGGGGGCGAAUGGUAAAUGUGUGCCGGUUGGAAAACUCAAUGAUGUGGAGGACGAACAGAACGAUAAGGGGAAGUCGAAAAAUCCGGCAAGGCAUGGCGUGGUUAUAGUUAAAAUUGAUGUGCCUUCCGAGACAAAAGUGGAUGCCGAAAAGGACCUGGGUAGAGGCGCACGGCCUCAGGGCAAAAAAGCUGAAAUGGAUUCAGCUGAACUCCGCAUAGCAGAGCUGAAUCGGGUGUAUCAGGAUUUUGUGAAUGCCUGGAAGAGGCCUACACCGGAAACAAGGGGUCACAACCUGAUUGGGCAGAAGAAUACAUUCCCAACCAGGCCAUUUCGAUUAAGUGCACUAAACGCGCUAAUGAACGUUGUUGAGAAUCUGAAGCAGUCGAAUCCGGUGGAUGAAAUUGUCAAGGCAAUCAAUGAUGAAAUGAAUCCGGAAAAAGAAAGUCUCAUCGGUCCCUUUCAAGAGAAAAACAAAAGAAUUAUCAGCCGAUCCUCAAAAAUGUUUAAGCGCUUGGCUCCUAAUGUGCCACCCGACAUACAGACUGGUGGCCUUUAUGAAGAGUACAAGAAAAAACUGAAUAGUAUUCUACAGGCACACAAGCAUCCACGUAAAUCCCAGGCCAAAGAAGAGACAGUACCUUUCCAUGCUAAUUCAGCCGGAAAGCAUAAUGAGCUGACCCUGUGUCACUGUGAUUCUGCGAAAUCGCUAAUCAUGGCCGUCGACAGUAGUGGACCGAAGGUAUCCAAGGAACUGACGCCAUGCCAUUGUGAGGCCACAAGACACACCAACUUGGCAUUCGAAGGGGAUACGGUUAAAAUAUCCAAUGGCCUGAUUCCCUGCCACUGUGCAGCCAUGAAAGGCGCCAGCUUGGCCGACGUGGUUAAUUCGUGUUUAUCUGAAACCGGCAGGAGCACAAAGGAGAAGAGCACGAGUACGCAGAUGAACAAGGAAAAUAGGCUGAAUGGCGGCCUUAAGCCAUACUAUUUAUCAAACUCAAAGCACAGACAGAUGGUUUGGAAUGAUGUGCCUUUGAUAAGGCCCGGCAGUCAAAAAAAAGGUAAGGUCGUUAAGCCGCAGAUAUUGUCCGCAACCAAUGGUAGGAUGAACCCAACUAUUAUCAAUAUGAAGAGUCGUGCACCAAAUGCUGCAACUAAAACUAAGCCAAAGACCAAAAUUGAGCAGGCAGUCUCUAAAAGUUUUUUGCGUAAAAACGCAACACAUUCCGCUUCAUUUAUCAAGAAUCAAAAGCAGCUGCAGCACAUACUCAAAGUGUUCCAGGCCAAGCAUCGCUCGAUGAAUGUAAGAAAAACGUCAAAGCGCGGCCUGAUCAACUUGGGCAACGGGUUUGAUAGCACGCCCGCCCAUUUGGCAUUUCCGGAAGUGCUCGUUAAUAAGUUUGGGCAGACUCAAGACACUGGCGGCAAAAUGAUUGAGAAUAUGGCGAAGCAGCUGAAUGUGUCGCCUGUGGAGAUGGCUCAGCGUAUUGCCUCGUCAAGUGGUGCAGGCAGCUAUCCGCUGCAGGCCAACUUAGCAAGCCAGACCAACGGAUGCCAAGUAUCAAUGGCAGCGUCAAGCCCCAAGAUUGCGCCGUCAGCCACAUUAGCCUGCCAACAGGGACCAACGGCUAAUUUGGCGCCCAUGUUAGAGAAGAUUUUAAAUCGACUACAGAGUAUGCAAGAUUCCAGUUUUAAUCAGGGGAAGGCAGACAAAUUGCCUUGUUGCUUCGCCGAUCCAACUGACGGUGCUCCCUGUGAAUUAACAGGCUCCUGGGAGUCUCUACUAUUAAGCAUUCGCAUCGAUAUUAGAGAUGACAACAAGAUCGUUGUGCCGGAAGUCAAGCCGACCUGUUCCCAGCCCAAAUUGCGUCGCUCCGACACCAAUCGACUUUGGCGGCAGUGCGUUAAAAUGACCCCAAUCGAAAUCAAGCAACGCUUCGUGUCAUCUCAAAUGAGAGUGCUUAAUGUGACCAUACAAGACACGCUGCCACCACGACCGCGUGAAAUGAUGGAUAACCUUACGGAAUGGACAUUCACGGGUCAAGCGGUCAAUACUCUAGGUGGGCCGAUAUCGUUAACCUGUCGGAAGCUAAACUCCAAUUUGAUGGGUACCUUUCUGGGCUUUUGUCGUCGAUGCGGUUGCAUAGACACCAUUUUCGGCAGUUGGACCUUUUGUCAGCCGUCACGGGAUUGUCAGGACAUAACAAUGUCAAUUUUUGAUAGGCGGGAUAUUCUGCGUCGUUUUUCGUUAGACGAUGCGCGUAGGGAACGAUUUAAGGAGCAAUUAUAUACAAAAAGCAGAUACGCCAAAAUAGAGAUGGAAAGACAAGCAUCAGAAUUACCCACGUAGCCGGCUAGACACACUAGUAACUUUAUUAAUUGCAGUUUUUUUUUUUUUGGUUCUAUGUUAUGUAUUCAUUUAUUUUGAUAUAUAAGACGUUUCUUUUUUAAAUAACAUUACAGCUGUUGCCUUUUGUUGCGGUUUA